AUGGCGGCGGCAAGCCUUUGGUCGGGCCUACCGCGUGUUGGAUGUGAUGAUGAUGUGUGUGAUGAAUGGGCGCUCUGCGUCCUUACGUGGGAACAGGCCGAGUUAGGGACGGGCGGCGCAAAGACUGGAAGUAAGGCCAAGAUGACCAGGAUCGGGCGUGAUGCAUUCAGCCUUGGGACGAUCGCGCCGCUGAUGUCGGCUGGGAUGGGAUUGGGUGGGCUUUGA